UCAUGGAUUAAAGAUAUCUGAGGAUUAACUCUGGACUUGUUUCAGAUCAUUAUGCCGGGAAACCAUAGAGAAUGGGACGUGGCUUGCAAGAUCUUCAUCGGUGGACUGCGGGACGAUGCUAACAGAUACGAUAUUGAGGACGUAUUUGUAAAGUACGGUCCUGUUCGCGAUGUUUGGGUCGCGAGGAAGCCUCCAGGAUUCGCGUUUGUUGAAAUGGAAGAUCCUAGGGAUGCGGAGGACGCUGCCCGGGGUCUUGAUGGUUCAAGAAUCUGCGGUGCUAGGGUGAGAGUUGAGAUGAGUGAGCCCGGUAAAAGACGAGGAAAGGGUGGUGGCGGAAGCAGAGGUGGCAGAAGCAGGUCUCGGAGCGGAGGCCGCAAAGGAGGACGUAGGAGUCCAUCCUACAGCAGGGGGAGAAGGAGUCCUUCAUACUCUAGAGGGAGGAGGAGUCCAUCCUACACUAGGGGACGAAGAAGUCCUUCUAGGGAGAGAAGGAGGAAGAGUUCAUCCCCUGAUCCAAGAAGGAGGAGCACAUCUCGGGACAGGAAAGGAAGCAGUUCACGAGCUGGAGGAGAUUCAAGCUUCAAGAGAGAAUCUAGAUCGAGAUCAAGAUCAUAAUAGUUCAUUCCUACAUCCUGUUAUAAUGUUUAUGUUUAGUUUCAGCCCGGCUAGGUGUACUUCACCAUGUAAACUGUACUGUACUGCAUUCAUGUAUUUUCACCUUGUCAACAAUUCGUCCCCAGUCGACUUCGCUACGAUACUGCAAUCGUCUCAUCUCUUCGAAAUUUUAAGCUCACCCCACUAAUUCUUCAACAACCGGCAUGUCGUUCUUUUAAGUUUGACAUGUCGGGGUCAUCUUUAAACCUUCAACUUGUCGCCUUCAAUUGAUCUUCGACAUGUCGACGUCGGUCUACUUACCCGCCGCGACAUGUCGCUCAUGGCAACUUUAAACAUCGACAUGUCGGCUCUACUUACGUCUGCAUGUCGCCUCAACUUUAACCCUCGACAUGUCGGGACAACUUUAAACUUCACACUUCACUUCUUGUCGACAUUUUUCAACCCCUUCGCAUCUCAGGUGUGACAUUUAAUCCUAAAGCCAAGCGUAUUUACUCAAAAUGUCAAAUUUAAUUUUUUUUUUCAACCUUGUGCCUCGCACAACGGGUCCUCUUGAUAUUUCUUCAGUACGCAAAAAUGUUCUUUUUUUUCCAAGAUGCGUCAGGUUUUUCUGCGCAUGCUUUAUACAUAUAUAUUUCA